GUUUGAUGUUAAAAAGGCAAAGGCACGAAAAGAAAAGGCAGAUACUAGACGGCAGGCUGUACAUAAUGCUCAUGAACAUUUGAAAAGAACUGGUGACUCUAUUAGAAAAUCAGCUAAACUAUACUCUAUACCUGAAUCAACUCUCAGGAGGCACAUUAACCAGCCAUAUUUAACUGAAUCUUGUGCAGGUCGUCCAACAGUGUUCACAAAGUUAGAGGAACAACAACUAGCUGUCCAUAUUAAGAAAAUGGCAAGACUUGGUUAUGGUUAUGCCAGAUGGCAGGUGUGUCAGCUUGCCCAGAAUAUGCUCCAUACCAAGGGAAUUGAGACUGUAAUACCCCAGAAGGAUUGGUAUUAUGGAUUCAUAAAGCGAAUGGACUUGAAUAUACAAAGACCCAAAAAGAGAGAACUUGCUCGGGUAUUUGGUGGGUCCGCUUCUAACAUUGGGGAUUAUUUCAUUGAACUUGAAACUGUACUCUCCAAAUAUAACCUUAUGAACAUUCCUGCUUCACUGUGGAAUGUAGAUGAAACUGGGAUCACCCUAGAUGUACCUCCUCCUAAAAUAGCAUGUGGUAAAGGAGAACAGCCUUUCAUUGUAACCUCAUCACGUAGAGCUACAACAACUGUCAUUGCAGCUGGAAAUGCUCUUGGAGAGACCAUACCUCCAUAUGUAAUUUACAAGGGUCAGCGUCUCAGUGAAGAACUUACUAAAGGGUGUUUUCCACAGACAAAGUUUACAAUGACAAAAAAUGGUUGGUCCACCGCUGAAACAUUCAAAGAUUUCUUAGAGAACCAUUUCCUGGUCCAUGUUAAGAGCAGACCGUGUCUACUUCUAUAUGAUGGGCAUGCAACACACAUAACAAAGGAUGUCAUUGAAUUAGCGCAAAAGCAGAAUGUCCAUAUGUUUGUGAUACCUCCGCAUUCAAGCCAUCUUGUGCAACCCCUGGAUGUCGGAGUGUUUGGGCCUUUUAAGGCUGCAUUAGCUACAGGUUGUCACAGGCUUAUUCAUGCUGAAGUUGGAAGACAGGUAACUCGCAGUGACUUACCAAAGCUGAUCGCGUAUGCUUACAAUUCAGCCAUGACAGUGCCAAACUUAAUGGCUGCAUUCCGCAAAACAGGUAUAGUCCCCUUCAACCCAGAAGUAUUAACUAAUACUGUAAAUGAUCAAUACCCCACCAGUGAAGCAAAACCAAAAUCUAGAAAGGAAAGAAAAGAUGCUAGAAACAUUAAACUAUUGCUAAAUGAUAUUGACAAAAAUGUGGAAAAGCAACUGGAAGAGACCCAAGCAGGUAAAACAAAACAGUACAUCAUCCCAAAUCAUGGAGCUGCUGUUACUGAAUGUGAGUUUGUAGAAAAACUGAAAAGGAAAACUGAGGUAGAGCCAAAAGCACAUGUCAAAAAGCCAAAAUCUAAAUCAGAACCUACAUGUAAACAAAAAGUAAAAAAGGUAAAGUCAGUUAACACUGAGCAAGUAGUUAUAACUUCUGGAGACUGUAAAUUGAAAAGUAAUCUCAAUAACAAAUCUGAUACACCUGAGGUCUUAGACAGCCAAGAACCUGGUCCUAGUAACAUGCGAAAAGAAUGGCUGACCUUCUAUCAUAGUAAUAGUGACAGUAGUGAAGGAGAAGAUGAUGAUGAUGCCCUCUGUGUAGUCUGUGGACAGUUUGCUCCUACUGGGUUUGGUAAACAUGGCCAGUUAGAAAUACUAAAUUGGGCAAAGUGUGACACAUGUUGCGGUUGGGUACACCUUAAAUACUGUACUCUGGAGUCACGGCUUCACAGUAAUGAGCCAUUCAAGUGUCCAAAGUGCCAAUUAAAUUAG